AUGUCCGGCGAACCCAGCGACUUCACCCUCUUCAAUGCUACGUGCCCAAUUACGGGAACCUCCAACGACCUGGAGGUAGUCGGCCUGAUACAAACUUACGAGGCAAGACACAACGAUGAUCAGACGAUCGCGCGUAUGGAAUGGGCGUGGGGUCUACCUAGGGGUGGCUUCUCCUACUAUCUAUUUUCACUUCCCAAUGUUAUCUACCUGAACGUGGACAUCGCACAGUUAUAUUGUGUCGGUCACUUCCUCCUACUUCCGACAUUCAAGACGUAUAUGGAUACCAUGCACUUCAUGCAGCGAGCUGCCUUUAAGGACCGUGACCAGACUGAUCGCAGUCCUCGACGUCCACUUACAGCGCUGUUACCUCCGAAUGAACUCUAUCGCUAUGUCUUCGUUCCCCUCACCGACGUGGGACGUGAACUCCAAAGCAAGCUUCUAUAUGAGUCUCAGACCGCCGAAGACUGGAAUUGGGGUAUCAACCCUGUCACCGGGAAAGCAUUGCCAAAGCGCAGCAAGUCUUAUCCCGUUGUUGAGACUCACUCGCACCCCGUGUCCAUGUCCUGGUUUGCACGGGACAUGAUCCACCGCAUCGGCAAACGCGCCCCCAACGUCGAGUUAUUGCCGUGGCGACAAUGUUUGGAGAGCGUGCUCGCGCACUGGGGUGUCGGCACAUCCGCGCAUGUGGAAGCGCCACAAUGGUUUGUGGACGACGACGACAAGGGUGCGGACGACGAAACGCUGUAUGGGUCUGAGGCCACUGGCUACUUGCCUAUGCUCGAGCCACGUACUGGACAUCGCCUUCCCAAGUAUGCUUCGUCGGACGGCACAGACGACUCGCACUACAGCGUCCGCGUACCGAACUGGCUCGACGAGGUCAUGUGCCCCGAAAUCAAGCCUUCCAAAAUCCCGAAGUUGGCUCAGCCCUCAACAAAGGGCUCUCGCGUUGUACAACUCGCAAACGCGGCGAAGGGGGAACAUAACAGCUCGCCGUGUCGCAAGGUUCACGAGUCCGCGUUGCAGCGUCGCGACCCACCUCCUUGGCUCAAGCGGUCGCGCAACGUGCCGUCGAGAUCGUUUACGAGCAGCGACUGGGCCAUGUUCUACUAUGGCGUCUCCUUGGAAGCUACUUGUGAGCCUCGGCGUGAAAAGCGCCAGACCUAUGCAUCUCGCAUACCGCGACUCACCCGGCUCUCCCGACGAGUUUCCUGA